AUGAAGGGUCAUGCAGAUCUCUCAGCGAUGGUGGAAGUGGAGAAGGAGGUGCGAGGGUCGAAGGCCUACUGGAUGGGGCAAUUGACGAAAGAGGUGCGUGAGGCUGAGGAUGGGACGAUGAAGGUGGAGGAGAGUGGUGGGAAGGUGUUGGGGAAGAAUGAAGCCUUUGAAGAAAUCUACCGCUUGAAAAAACACAACGGUAGCGUCGAUGAGCCGGAUAAUGACCAGACAACCGUGGAGGUCGAAGAAUUGCGGCACUUUGCAUCCACCAUACGCCUCGGUGGCACUGAGCUGGAACGACGAACUGAAGAGAUGGCCCGGAAACUGAUAAGCGAACAGAUCGAACGGAUACGUCUGUCUCGUUCAAACACCGCCCUGAGAAGACGAUGCGCACGGGCCGAACAUGUGAUGCGAAGGGCUCGAGACCGAAUGGUUGUGGUGGAAACACAAGCCGGAAAGCGUUGCGCUCAACUUCAGUACCAGCUGGACACGGCACUGAUCGAUUUGGCAGGUUGCCAAAGUCAGCUAGUCCGAUCGAUACCCAUUGAGAAAUACGAGAAACUGGCGGUUCGUUAUAAGAAAGAGUGUGUUGCCGAAGUGCUGGACAGUGAGCUGGACGAGGUCCCGCGCGAGAAUGUCAUUUCGAUCGCGUGCGUCCACUUGAUCGAAGGAGCCGACGAGUUAGAGGCGAAAGAAACUCGAAUAACUGAACCAGAAAAAAUGUUUCAGAAGAUCGUGGAGGUGCUCAGCGAGCAGAAUGACUUCUGGUCGAAAGAGACAGAGAUCCUUGCAAACGAAACGAAGAGCCUGAACACGAUUGGUUCGAAGACAUGGAGAACGAAAGCGACCUCAAAAAUAUCCUUGGUACGUUCCCAUCUAGUCGAAAGGGUUUGCCAAAAAAUGAACAUUUGUGCAUUUUCUUUUCAAUAA